ACUGUGCCUAUGUCGUUGACUAGGUGAUGACAACUGACAGUGGUGAAUCAGGCAUUUGGUGCUUAUGUGGAUAUACAUAGACUUAAUAGACUAUUGAGAUACACUUUUAAAUAUGUGGACCACUGCAUAGAAAUAGAAUAUAUCUAGCAAUAAUUCUUUAGGGCCUUUUUUUGUAACAAAUUCCAAAGGCUGCUUGAAAUGAGGAUCCAAAUAUUUUUAAUAAUUUUGUUAAUAACUCAAACAUGCUUUGCCCCACCAGUGUCACAAACAAAGAAAGAGGCCAAUGAGCAGGAGUCUGAAAUAAAUGGCCUAGAGAACUACAUGGAAUAUCACAGGUACCUCAAAGAAAUAGUAAAUGCGUUAGAGUCUGAUCCUGAAUUCAGGCAAAAACUCGAGAAGGCUGAUGAAAGUGAUAUAAAAUCUGGUAAAAUAGCAGACGAGUUGGAGCUUGUUUCUCAUCAUGUUAGGACCCAACUUGAUGAAAUAAAACGUGUGGAACUGGAAAGAUUAAAGGAACUGACAGCUCAAAAGAGAAAAUUGGAAGAUCCUAGUAAUUCUAUUGAUGAAGAUCCGGUACAUCAUCAUGUAGAUCACUCCAAUCCACACACAUUCGAAGUGGAGGAUUUGAAAAAACUCAUUGCUAAAACAACCGCUGAUCUGGCAGAGGCUGAUAAAAAAAGAAAGGAGCAAUUCAAGCAAUAUGAACUAGAAAAAGAAUACAAAAAAAUUGAAAAACUCAAUCACACCAACGGAGAUGAAAGAGAGAAGCUAAGGAAUGAGUUCCAGCAACUGGAGGAAAAACAUAAAAAACAUGAAAAAUUGCAUGAACCGGGACAUAAAGCUCAACUUGAGGAAGUUUGGGAAGAACAAGACCAAAUGCAACAAGAUUUCGAUCCUAAAACCUUCUUCAUGCUGCACGAUGUUGAUGGAAAUGGGCUUUGGGAUCAAGACGAAGUCAAAUCCUUAUUCAUCAAGGAGCUGGAUAAGAUGUAUCAACAAGGCGCUCCUGAAGAUGACAUGAGAGAGAGAUAUGAAGAGAUGGAACGUAUGAGGGAAAGUGUUUUCAAUGAGAUGGACAAAAACCGUGAUGGAUUUAUAGAUUUCAAUGAAUUUUUGCAUCAAACUAACACUAAUGACUUCAAACAAGAUAAUGGCUGGCAGGGUCUUGACGAACAAAAACCAUUCACCGAUGAAGAACUAGCAGAAUAUAUUAGGCAGCAUGAGGCUGCUAACCAGAUACCACAAGGGCAUCAGGUACCACCAGCUGGUUAUCACCAAGUACCACCAGGAGGUUACCAAGAGGCACCUCAACAGGUUAACUAUAAUCAAGUACCACAAGGUGGGUACCAACAAGUACCCCCUGGAGGAUACCAGCAAGUACCUCCAGGAGGAUAUCAGCAAGUACCACAAGGUGGAUACCAACAGAAUCCUAAUGGGUACCAGCAACAUCAGCAGGCACCUCAAGGUAAUAACCAAGUUCCACAAGUACACCAACAAGUACCACCUGGAGGAUAUCAGCAAGUACCUCCUGGUGGGUAUCAACAAGUUCCUCAUGGUGGUUACCAACAAGGAGGGUACCAACAGGCACCACAAGGUGGUUAUCAGCAAGUACAGCAAGGCCAAAAUGUCCCUCCUGCAGGAGUUCCCCAUCCACAGCAAGGGUCCUCGCAAAGCCAACAAGGAAAUGUGGAACACCACAACAAUCUGAACACCAACGAAGUAAACCCUCAUCAGAGUAAGAACCAACAAAAUGUUCAAGGAAAUCCACCAUCUGUUCCGUUACAACAUGCAAUCCCACAGCAGAAUGCUCCACUUGAUCAAAAUAAACAAGUAAAAUCAGUCGAACAUAAUGUGCCAAAUAUAAUAUAAGGUUAAAACAAGAUAAAUAGAUAAUCAGCUGUUAGUGAUAAAUUAGAUUGAUAAUCUUUGCAUUUGACACGUUUUAAAUUUAUCUUUAAACAUGUUUGUAAAAAGAUCCAGGCAGAAUGGGCCUGGUAGAGAAUAAAACAGAUAAAAUAUAAAUAUAAUAAUAGUCUCUUCCUGAAGAUUAUCAGAAUUGAUUAAUGAUGAAUUAGUUAAUUGGUAAUCAAAAGCAUAAAAUCCAUUUUAAUGGAAUGUCCUGUGAACUGGAUCAUUUUGGAUAGUGUUUUGAACAUAUAAUUUCUGAGGUGUACUACAAAGUGUGUACAUGUUGAAAAAUAUACAUACAGUGUGGACUUGAAUGUUUUUUUAAUCUGUUUCUCGAGGUGAAUGAGAAAAACAUAUCAAAGUUGCACAGAAUUUAUGUAACAAAGCAUAAAAAUUUCAGUACUUUUUGAUAAGAAAGACAAUACUUAAAUUUUGUCCGACUUCAAUAUCUUAUUCCGUUCAAAAGUUAGGAAGAGGGGACCAUUUAAGUCCGCAGUGUAUUUCACUUCAGCUUUCUUUCUUUUUUAUUGAAUAGGUUUUCAAAAUAAGAUAGGAUGUUUUAAUCUCACAUUUGCCGCAAAAUGUACCAUUAUUACUUGAAAUUCGUAUUGUUAAAAUUAUGUUGAUAUCAAUUGCAUUUCACCUAGCAUUUAUUUUUGUGAAAGUUCCUUUCUGUCAGGUUGAUAUUACUUUUUUAGAAGUUGUAGCAGGUUUAUGCAACAACUCUCAAGAGUAAAAACUAAGAAUUCAACCUUAACAAAUCAAUUAGAGCCCUUAUGGAAACUUGACUAAGAACAAGCCUAGAAAGUUGAAUAACACUCGACAAAUACCUAAGAGCUUAGAUCAAAGCGAAAUGGAGCAUGUACCAAAUUGAAUUAUUUACAGGUGUCAUUGACUACAGAAAUUUCAAAACAAUUGUUUCUCUUAUAAUAAUUGGAAAAAUUAGGUAUACUCUUAGUUACUAUUAGGUUCAGUGCUUAUGUGUUGUUGUAUAAACCUGCUAUUACUACAAUCUUGUUAGUUCUAAUUUAUUUACAAAAAUAUAUUCUCAUUUCUAUUAUCAA